GUGCGAGACUGGCUGACUGGGAGAGAAAGCUAGGCGAAGAUGAAAGAGUGCGAGCUGUGUGGAGUGAGAGCUCGGAUGUACUGCGAGGCGGACCGCGCGAGUUUAUGCUGGGACUGCGACGAGAAAGUUCACGGAGCUAACUUUCUGGUGGCGAAGCAUCCGAGAGUUCUUCUCUGUCACGUGUGCCAGUCGCAGACGCCGUGGACGGGUUGCGGAGCCAAGCUGACGCCGACUGUGUCGGUCUGCCAGAGUUGCGUUGGAAGCUGUAGUAAGAUUGACCUGAACGAGGAGCAAGAAAGCGAGGCAGAGAAUGAAGAAGAAGAAGAAGAUUAUUAUGAUGAUGAUGAAGAUGAAGAAGAUGAUGACGUUGAGGAUGAGGAGGAUGAAGAGGAUGAGAACCAGGUGGUUCCAUGGUCAUGCUGUUCUUACUCGCCGGCACAGCCUCCACCAGCAGUGAGUGGUUCGGAUAGUGAAGCCGAGAUUUCGGUGUCGAAGCGACUGCGAGAGAAUGUAGAUGUGGAUUAUUCUGAUGAUGAGGUAGGGUUUGAUGGGAUGUCCUCGUUUGGUGGUUCAAUGAGACCGUUGAAAAGGCCGAAAGUGGGUGAAGAGAAGAAUGGUGACGGAGAUGAUGGCGGUGAAUCGGAGUGGAGAGCAACGGCGAUCAUGAGCUCAAUUCAGAGGCUGGAAAAGGAAGUGAUCGACGGCGCUGGUAAUGCGUCCACCGCGGUUCUUAGGAUUUGCAAACUCAGUAGAGAUGAGAACAGCCAUUGAUAUUAGUUCCAACUUAAAUUUCUAAACGCACAUACGUAGAACCUUUUGGUAGCAAAUAGCUUUGUUGUUGUUAGCUGUUUUCUUUUCUUCUUUAUUCUUUGCUGUUGAUGUUGUCUAUAAACCACAUAUUUUUUCAGUUAACCCUUUCGUUCAUAUGAACAGAACAUGCUUUAUUUAUCUUUGUGGUCAAAAGCUUUCGACGGCUUUUAGUUAGAUAGUUCUGUAUAUUUGAAGAAUAUUACUGUAAUUUUAGCUAAGAUACAACUUUCGUUCCUCCUC